UUGGUGAGUUGUAUUUUCUUCAGUUUCUCGUCGAAUUUAGCAGUGCAAAGCUUCACUCUUGUGAAACCCUAGGAGCGAUCGCCAGAUCGAAGCUUGCAGGACUUCGAUUCGGAGAGAAACAAUGGAGGGAGUAUUGUCCCCGAACGAUCAACAAAUCAUGGUCUCGUCGUUCUUAGAGGUUGCCGAGGGGCAAACCGCAGAGACGGCCAGACAAUUCCUGCAGGCCACAAGUUGGAAACUAGAGGAAGCUAUCCAGCUGUUUUUGAUUGGUAAUGAAGGUGGGGCAGGACCACAGCUAUCACCAUCACAUAACCCUCCUGCAGAAAAUGAUGAUUCCUGGACUGGUCGCCCUUCAAGUGAACAAAGAAAGGAUACUGCCAUUGAAAGUAGCGGUGGUGAUGAUGGAGACGAAGUACGUCCUCCAUUACCUGUUAAGAGGGAAACCCUUUAUGAUGAUCCAAUGCUGUAUGGAGUAUCAAGGAUGGGACCUCGUUCACAAGAAGCUAGCUCUUUAGUUGCAUUCCGAAAUUUUGAAGAGGAAAUGAGACGUCCAGGGGUUUGGGAGUCAGAGCAAGGUGCUGUCUCUACAGCAGAGAGUUCUCGUGACAAUCUUGCCUCUUUAUAUCGCCCUCCUUUUCAUUUGCUUUUCACUGGUCCAUUUGAUAAGGCAAAAAUUGCUGCUUCCACGGAGGAUAAAUGGCUUUUAGUGAAUAUACAAUCUACCAGAGAAUUCAGCUCACAUAUGCUUAAUCGAGAUACUUGGGCCAAUGAAGCUGUCUCUCAGACCAUUAGCACAAAUUUUAUUUUCUGGCAGGUUUAUGAUGAUACAACUGAAGGUAGAAAAGUAUGCACUUAUUACAGACUGGACUCAAUUCCUGUAGUGCUUGUAAUUGAUCCCAUCACUGGCCAAAAGAUGCGCAUCUGGUCUGGAAUGGUUCAACCUGAAAGCUUAUUGGAGGGUCUACUACCGUUUCUGGAUGCAGGCCCUAAGGAUCAUCACAGUACUUUGUCUCACAAACGUCCAAGAGAAAGUUCUAGCCCAACUAAAAGUAAAGAUGAAAGUAAUGAAGAAGAUGAGGAAGUGUUAAGAGCUUUGGCAUUGUCAAUGGAAGGCAUGAAAGAAUCAAGUGCAUUGGCUGGAGUAGAUAAGGAUGCUGAGUCUGUUGACCGAGGACAGGAAACUGUCUUGGCCCCCAGCUACCCUCCUCUGCCUGAAGAACCCAAGGGCGAUAAGAAUCUCCUAUGCAGAGUCGGUAUCCGGCUUCCUGAUGGAUGCCGUGUGCAGCGCAACUUUUUACGGACUGAUCCAAUUCAGCUUCUGUGGUCAUUCUGCUCCGCUCAGCUGGGGGAAGGUGAGGUGAAGCAAUUUCGGCUGACUCAAUCAAUUCCAGGAGCUUCCAAAGUGCUGGACUAUGAAAGUAAUGCGACCUUAGAGGAAUCAGGACUUGCUAACUCUAUGAUAUUGAUGACUUGGGAAUGAAUCCAGAUUACUAGGUGACCUAUGCCAGCGAAGUCAGACUCAAGAGCUCCUGUUUGGGUGGUUCUUAUCUAUAUAGCUAUGUUUUCCCUUCUUUGACAUGGCUUCGUGUUGAAUAGGUAAAUGGGAGUCUUAUUUAAACUCUCAAGUGUAUAUUCUCUGAAUGAAGGCUAAAAUCAAUGCCAGUAUAUCAUUGCUUAAUUCUUUUCUUUUUUGUUUGAGUAUAUCUUGAAAGGAUUAGAGCAACUUGUAAAGAGGAAGUGUUUUGAAAGUUUGUUUAAAUUCAUCAUCAUCUAAUCCUUAUGAAUAAGUGAAAUAAGGAAAUGAAAUACAUUGAAAAUUUUCUCUUCUUGUGAUGGACCA